UGCCAGGCAAGUUGUGAAGUAUUCAUGACACCAUUAGCUGACAGCAGAGGAGAGCUGAAACUGCCUGGUGGUGAAGCCUGCUUUUGGCACUGUACUACAGAGGCAAGAGUGAAACGCUGGCAGAUUCUCUGACGGUUUGAGCAAUGCCUUUGUGUCAGAUUCCGGACAUACGUUGAUGGGAACAUUUCCAUCCAUCUAAUGAGACGUGGUCGGUCACCCCAGGCCCCAUGGAGAAUCCGACCCCAGAGACCUUCGUGGACGUGGACCAAAGCAUUUGCCUUGGGUUCCUCUCGCUGAUGUGCUUCUUCCUCAUGCUCAUGAUGGUGCGGUGCGCCAAGCUGAUUGUGGACCCAUACAGUGCCAUCCCAACCUCCACGUGGGAAGAGGAGCAGCUUGACUGAUGGUGUCUGUCGGUGUGCAUGACACUGAAGGGAAAAGGUUGGGUAAAUUUGAGUCUGACCUGUUGUGACAGUGAAAGAGGAGAGGGAGCUUCUGCCACUAUGGCGGAGUCCCCAGAGAUGAUGGAGCUUCAGCGAGAGGUGAUGGAGGAGCUCGGCAUCUCCCUGGAGGAUCUCAGGCAGCUGAUUGAAGAGGAGCUGGAAAAGUCGGAGUCCAUCAAGCAGCGGAAGCAGGAGUUGGAGUCCCUGGAGGAGUGCGUGAAGCAGAAGGAGGCGGAGGUGGCCCACGUGGACCAGCUCCUGGACAGUGCUGUGAAAGCUGUAGAUAAAUGUGAGGUGCUAGUGAAGGAUGUAUAUGCAAAUUUGGGCCUGGAGUACCGGGAGACGGACUCAGAAGAAGAGAUAGGCUCUUCCAAACCUACAGAAGUGAUUGAGAUACCAGAUGAGGAUGAUGACGACAUCAUGAGUAUUGACUCAGAUGCAAAUAACAAAAUUGCGAAGGACCAAUCAUUGCUCAGAGAAGCCAUGGCUGCCAUGAGGAAGUCCGCUCAGGAUGUACAGAAGUUCAUGGACGCAGUGAAUAAAAAGUCCAAUAGCUUUGACUUCCAGAGAGGAUCCCAGCAGCUGAGCCCCGGCUGCGAGAUUACCCAGGACGGGGACCUUGCUGUCGGCGACCGGGUCCUGGGCAAGAAGCGGACCAAGACGUGGCACAAGGGCACCCUGAUCGCCAUCCAGAACGUGGGUCCUGGGAAGAAAUACAAGGUGAAGUUUGAUAACAAAGGAAAAAGCCUGCUGUCAGGCAACCAUAUUGCUUACGAUUCCCACCCGCACGCUGACAAGCUUCACGUGGGGAGCCGGGUUGUGGCCAAAUACAAGGACGGAAACCAGGUGUGGCUUUACGCUGGCAUCGUGGCUGAGACGCCCAACAUCAAGAACAAGAUGAGGUUCCUCAUCUUUUUUGACGAUGGCUAUGCCUCCUACGUCAUCCAGCCUGAGCUCUACCUAAUCUGCAGACCCCUCAAGAAGUCCUGGGAGGAUAUCGAAGACAUCUCGUGCCGGGAUUUUAUCGAGGAGUACAUCACCGCCUAUCCCAACCGGCCGAUGGUGUUGCUCAAGAGCGGCCAGCAGAUCAAGACCGAGUGGGACGGGACCUGGUGGAAAUCUCGCGUGGAGGAAGUGGAUGGUAGUUUGGUCAAAAUCCUCUUCCUAGUAGGCCCGGCUCAGGAUGACAAGCGCUGUGAGUGGAUCUACCGGGGCUCCACCCGCCUGGAGCCCAUGUUCAGCAUGAAGACCUCCACCGCCUCUACCCUGGAAAAGAAACAGGGAGGGCAAAUGAGGACUCGCCCAAAUGUCGGCGCCGUGCGGAGCAAAGGGCCAGUGGUCCAGUACACACAGGACCUAACGGGGACCAGCCCUCAGCAGCAGUUCAAGCCCGUGGAGCAGCCCCCGGUGCCUGUCGCGGUGUCCCAGCCAGUUUCCCCACCGCAGUUCAUUGAAGUGGAUAGCCCCGACAGCCAGCUCUCCCAGGCCAAGAAGCAGCAGGUGGCAAAGAAGAGCACAUCUUUCUUGCGCCCUGGCUCGGUGGGAUCGGGGCCACCCUCUCCAUCCUCCCCAGUCCCGAGCGAAACGCCCCCCGUCGGCAGGACAGGGGUGACGCAACAGUUCCGGUUCUCGGGCGCCCAGCCUGCGGGCAGCCCUGCCCAGCCGUUCCACAACAUGCUGGACCAGGUGCCCAACGAGCCCUCGUACCGAGCCCCCGUGGAGAAGCUGUUCUACCUGCCCCACGUCUGCAGCUACACCUGCCUCUCCCGGGUGCGCCCGUACUGCACCGACCAGUACCGUAGCAAGAACCCCCUCCUCAUCCCGCUCCUCUACGACUUCCGGCGCAUGACGGCCCGCCGGCGCAUCAACCGCAAGACGGGCUUCCACGUCAUCUACAAGACUCCCUGCGGCCUGUGCCUGCGCAGCAUGGCCGAGAUCGAGCGCUACCUCUUUGAGACGGAGUGCGACUUCCUUUUCCUGGAGAUGUUCUGCCUGGACCCCUACGUCCUGGUGGACCGGAAGUUCCAGCCGUACAGGCCGUUCUACUACAUCCUGGACAUCACCAACGGCAAGGAGGACGUCCCCCUCUCCUGCGUCAACGAGAUCGACAACACCCCGCCCCCGCAGGUGGCCUACAGCAAGGAGCGCAUCCCCGGCAACGGGGUCUUCAUCAACACCCGGGCUGAGUUCCUGGUUGGCUGUGACUGUGAGGAUGGCUGCCGGGACAAAUCUAAAUGCGCCUGCCACCAGCUCACCAUCCAGGCCACUGCUUGCACCCCCGGAGGCCAGAUCAACCCCAAUUCCGGAUACCAAUACAAGAGGCUGGAGGAGUGCCUUCCGACAGGAGUGUACGAGUGCAACAAGCGCUGCAGGUGCAACCGGAACAUGUGCACCAACCGCCUGGUGCAGCAUGGCCUCCAGGUGCGGCUGCAGCUGUUCAAGACCCAGAACAAGGGUUGGGGCAUCCGUUGCCUGGACGACAUUGCCAAGGGCUCUUUCGUCUGCAUCUACGCUGGGAAAAUUCUGACGGAUGACUUUGCCGACAAAGAGGGCCUGGAGAUGGGCGACGAGUACUUUGCCAACCUGGACCACAUUGAGAGCGUGGAGAACUCGAAGGAAGGCUACGAGAGCGAGGCCAAGUGCUCCUCGGACAGCAGCGGUGUGAACCUGAAAGACGACGACGACGAGAACACGGCCUCCGAGGAGCCCGAGGAGUCCAACGAGGACAGCUCGGAUGACAACUUCUGCAAGGACGAGGACUUCAGCACCAGCUCGGUCUGGCGCAGCUACGCCACCCGGCGCCAGACGCGGGGCCAGCGGGAGAACGGCCUCUCGGAGACGGCGUCGAAGGACUCAGGGCUGGCCCGGCAGGUCAGCCACGAGGAGGCCGCCCCCUGCAAGCCCCCGCUCUCGGAGGAGACCUCCAAGAACAAGGUGGCCUCCUGGCUCAGCUCCAAUACCCUGGCCGACGGCUUUCAGGACAGCGACAGCCGGUCCUCCUUUCGGGCACAGGAGCUGCCACCGCCACCUGCCAAGGCCGAGCCGGCGGAGAGCGAGAGGACCGGGGUGGCUGGGAAAGAGGAGUUCAUCCCGGAGGGUGACCUGAAGGUCAAGAAGAAAGAGGUAACAGGGGAAUCUGAAGACCACGGCAAAAUGUCUCUAGUGGGCAAUCUAGGCAGGUUAUAUGGCUACAACCCUAACCCAACAAUACCUGAAGGGGUCCGGAGGCCGGUCAGCAAAACAGCCUUGCAUCAGAACCGAAGGCAGUCCGACCAUCCGCAGCCCACCAAAGACGACAUCCUCAUGCUAUCGAGCAGCACCGACAGCGAGGGAGACAAUGGCCGAGGGACCUCCGGGCAGGCGCCAGGCAAUGCCAACGACAGCGACGACAUCCAGACCAUUUCCUCGGGCUCAGAUCUGGAGGAAAAAAAGAACUCCCCUUCCGGGCUGGGCCCCGUGAAACGGCAGGUGGCCGUGAAGUCCACCCGAGGCUUUGCCUUGAAGUCCACCCACGGCAUCGCCAUCAAGUCCACCAACCUGGCCUCCGGGGAGAACAUGCCGGUCCGGAGAAACACGCGCCAGUUCUAUGACGGCGAGGAAUCGUGCUACAUCAUUGAUGCCAAGCUGGAAGGCAACCUUGGCCGAUACCUCAACCAUAGCUGCAGCCCCAACCUCUUUGUGCAGAACGUCUUUGUGGAUACGCAUGACCUUCGCUUUCCCUGGGUGGCCUUCUUCGCAAGCAAGAGGAUCCGCGCUGGCACGGAGCUUACGUGGGACUACAACUACGAAGUGGGAAGCGUGGAAGGCAAGGAGCUUCUCUGCUGCUGCGGGGCCAUUGAAUGCCGAGGACGCUUGUUAUAAGGCGAGCCGGAGGCCGUGGGGUACAUGGCGGUUUCUGCGUCCCCCCCGCCCCCUUGGAGGGGACAGCAAAACAAGUCUAUUCCCACAGAAGGCGACACUCCACCUCCUCAUGUACCCAGGUCUUGGGGGCUUUUUUCCCCCCCAGUGGCUGGUUUUCUCACCCUUCGUGUUGACUGUGUUUGCAGGGCAUUCGUACUGUGUUUGUAAAGGACAUUUUCUCCCCCCCCCACCCCCUUUUUUUUUCUUCCAUUGUUCGUAAAACAAUAAAACAAUCCUGAUUACAA